UAAAACUAGUGUAUGAUUAUGUUUAUUUGCAGGUGCGUCGCCUGAAAGGAGGGAUAACUUUCGGAGCGUAAUUUAAAAGGCGGAACAUACGUCACGAAAACGAAACAGCAUGGAGGGGACGCAACUUCAGCAGAUACUAGAUGGUGAUCUACCCAAAUUCAUUUCCUUGCUCAAAGACGUAUCCUCAAAAAGUGGUGAUGUAAAGCAGCACUUGAACCAACUGCUGAACAAAGUGAAAGAUGGAGAACUGUCAACCAGUAAGGGUAUCAGCUUUUUAGAAACUAAAUACCACCUGUUGUUAAGCUACCUGAUCAACUUGACGUACGUGUUGUUGUUGAAGACUGGUGGCCAGUCCAUAGAAGGAGAUUCAGCAAUCAACAGGCUCAUUGAACUCAGGACAGUGUUGGAGAAGAUGCGGCCUAUUGAACAGAAGUUGAAAUAUCAAAUCGAUAAACUUGUGAAGGCUGCACAGACUAACACACUGGAUGAUAAUGAUCCUCUCAGAUUUAAGGCCAAACCCAGCAACCUCGUCAGUAAGUUGGAUGAUGCUGAAUCAGAUGGUGGUUCGGGUGAAGAGAAAGAAUCGAAAAGCAAAGCUUAUGUUGCACCACGACUUGCUGCUGUACCAUAUACUGGUGAUGAGACUGCGGAGGAUCGUCAAAAACGCCUGCUGGAGAAGGCGACAAGGCGUGCACUGAGCAGCAGUAUGCUACAAGAGCUGCGGAAAGAGUACUACGACGGACCAGAGGAAAUCAGGGAAUCCAGAAAUCUUCACAGAAUGUCAGCAGUAAAGAGAGCAAAAGAAAGAUCAGAAUAUGAGGAAGAACAUUUUGUGAGAUUAACUGUUUCCAAAAAAGAAAAGAUGGCGCUGAAGCAAGUUGAGACUGUGUCCAGUCUUGGUGGUUUGACAGACUUCGGAGAUAUCAGUGCCCUGACAGGAGAACAACAGAAUGAGGAUAGAAAACGAAAGAGAAAACGGACGUCAACCAAGGGGAAAAAAGGAACAAAGAAAAGAAGACGGAAUUGAUUUUGAAUUGGUUAAUAAACUUUAUAAGUUUC